AUUAAAUUAGAGUCGGUGAGCUGGGAUAGGCUGGGAGUUCGCUUGGUCCAGACUGCAGGAAAUCCGACGUGGACUCUAAACCCGCAGAAACGGAGAUACAAAUAAACGAAUGACCCGUAAAUCCUCGCGGAAAACUUUUAUCAGCUUUUUAGCGCUGCGGGUCUGAACGUGAUCGUGUAUCUGCGUGUAGUCUGAGAUUAUUACAACAUGCCGCGGCGGACUGUACUAGAAGUAACUGUUCAAGACGUGCAAAAGAGAAGAAACCCCAACAAACACUAUGUUUACAUCAUCAAAGUGGCUUGGUCUGAUGGCAGCACUGAGGUCAUUUUCAGACGCUACAGUAAAUUUUUCGACCUUCAGAUGGAGCUUCUGGAUAAAUUCCCUGUGGAAGGUGGGCAGAAGGAUCCAAAACGCAGAAUCAUACCCUUUCUACCAGGAAAGAUUCUCUUCAGAAGAAGUCACAUCAGAGAUGUGGCCAUGAAACGUCUGAAGCCCAUCAAUGAGUACUGCAGGGCCCUGAUCCAGCUGCCAGUUUAUAUUUCCCAGUGCGAGGAGGUCCGUGUGUUCUUUGAGACACGUCCUGAAGACCUGAACCCACCAAAGGAGGAACCAAGUGGAAAAAAGAAAUCAGGCAUUGUGGAGCGAGCGUCUUCUUUCCUAAAGAGAGGAGGAGACUCGUCCUCUGCUGACCCGCUGCUGCUGGACCAGUAUGUGGCCGUCACCGACUACGAGAAGCAGGAGAGCUCAGAGAUCAGCCUGUAUGUGGGCCAGGUGGUGGAGGUCAUCGAGAAAAAUGAGUCCGGCUGGUGGUUCGUUAGCACAGAGGAUGCUCAAGGUUGGGUUCCAGCCACGUGCCUGGAAGCUCAAGAUGAUCCGGAUGAUUUCUCACUUCCAGCAGAAGAAGAGGAAAAGUACACUGCAAUCUAUCCAUACUCUGCACGUGAUCAAGAUGAAAUCGAUUUGGAGAGAGGCAUGACUGUUGAGGUCAUUCAGAAAAACUUGGAGGGCUGGUGGAAGAUCAGGUACCAAGGGAAAGAGGGCUGGGCCCCGGCAUCUUACUUGAAGAAGGCUGACAUUCUCAGCCAGAAGAUGGCAGCAGGUGCUCCAGUUCAUGCCAGCACUAAUGACCUAGACGUGGCUUGCAAACAACAGAACGCUAACAAGGAAAACAAGGAGAAUCAACGUGACCGAUUUUCACCGUUUUCAGACAGCAAGCGCAAAGUAGGGGCACGACAGAGGCCUCCACCACGCCGAGAUCUUACAAUACCACGAGGAGUAAACCUACCUAAACCUCCAGUGCCCCCACAAGUAGAGGAGGAGUAUUACACCAUAGCUGACUUCCAGACAACCAUCCCAGAUGGCAUUAGCUUCCAGGCAGGACUGAAAGUGGAAGUGAUCGAGAAGAACUCCAGUGGCUGGUGGUAUAUUCAGAUAGAAGAUAAAGAAGGCUGGGCUCCAGUCACAUUCAUUGAUAAAUACAAGAAGACUAGCAGUGCCUCUAGACCUAACUUCUUGGCCCCACUUCCUGGUGAGAUGGAACAGUUGAAGCUUGAAGAUACCUCAAGUAAUAGUACCAACUCUGAACAUACUUGGUCCAAACCCCUGCCUGAUGAACCUUCAUCCAACUCUGAUCUUUCCACCCGUUCCAAACUGAGAGAAUGGAAGCCCAAUGCAGCCAAAAGCAGCUCCCAUUUUUCUGGACCCUUACCCCCACCUCCAUCCUCACCCACAGCUGAAGAGAAGCCAGCUUUACCACCAAGGAGAGAAUCCAUCAACAAAAGCCUUGAAUUGGAGGACAAACCCAAAGCAGAGCUUUCUAAACCUCUCCCACCCAAACCACCAGUCCCAGGGGUCAUCGCUCCAUUGGUGACUCCAAAAGCAGCUCCUCUGAAACCAGACAAACCCCCAGAAAUGAAGAAGGAUGAUAAGAACAAGCAGCUCUUCCUCCGCAAUGAGAUGGGCUUGGAGUGUGGCCACAACAUCUCAGUCAAGGAGGUGAAAAAGUUUAACCUAAAGCAUGUGGCCAAACAGCCUCCCACCAAACCCAAACCGGAUUUACAAGAAGACAAGCCUGAAUCCCCCAACCCUGCCCCUUUCCUGAAGCCCAAACCGGUGAUCAGGCCAAAGCCUGCUCCUGCUGCCAAACCUGAGCCAGUAGCUAAGAAUGAACUGGACAUCACAAACCUUCGGAGUAAACUUCGUCCAUCUAAACCUCCAGAGCUGAACUCAAGUGAUGCCAACCAACAGAACGAUACGUCAUCCAGCAGCCCACCAAACAACAGCAGAACAAAUGAAGAGCCAAAAUGCCUCCCAAAGCAACAAAACGGCCAUGGCCCAUCCGAAACAACCAAACCACCAAAGGAGCCUCCGCAGAGGCCUUCUGUGGCACCUAGGAGACCUCCACCACCAAAGAAGAGUUCAGAACCUGCCAGUCCCACAGACACCAGAGCACCGCAGAAAGACUUGCCGGAAGCCAAACCAGCCCCCCCUCCACAGAGCAGACCCCCGCCACCCAAAACGAAAGCCUUCCCUCUGCCUGCCCCCAAAGACAAGGAGAAGGAGGAACCAAAGCCUAAAGUACCUGUCCCACCAAAGCCCCUUGUUAAACCAGACAAACCAGGGCCCCCGAGAGACAAACUCCCACCCCUGAUAAAGGAGCCAUCCAAAGAGGAGCUGUUCUUAGCCGUGGCGGACUUUGAAGGAGAUGAGCAGACCCCUGGAUUUAAAGAGGGCGCCGUUUUUGAGGUUAUGGAGAGAAAUACUAGCGGAUGGUGGUUCUGUAAAAAUGUGAGCGACGGGCCAGUGAUGGAGGGCUGGAUCCCUUCCAAUUACCUGACCAAGAAACCUUAGGUACUUGACACGGCUGCCUAGAGGAGACUUAUUUAAUUAACAUCCUUUAUUUAUGGGUACUUAUUUGAAAGGCAUUCCAUCCUUCGCAAGUCCAUAUUGAUUAUUAGUUUGCUUGCUUUCGUAACUCUUCCCUUUUUGGGAAAACCGCGUGUGCUUUCGUACGUUAGCACUGAACAUCACGUUACUUGCCCAUUCUUAUGUUAAUCAAUCCUUAUAUGUAUCGCUAAAGGUUUUAAGUGGCUAGCAAUAUAUAGAUGCCUUUUUUGCAGCCUCCAUAAUAUUAUGCCUCAGUAUAAUAUGCAAAGCGUCCUGUGUUCUUUUUUGCGUAGUAUAUGCAAACAAGUCUGAGCAGUGUAUAUCAGCAGAUCGAGUCUAGAUUCGAUUCUAUAUUACAGAUCCCUUACUAGUAGUAAGUUUGUCGCAACAUCUUUUAGUUUCAGCAAAGUAUAAAUGGUGAUCAAAUUUGGUCCGCUUUCAGGUUCUGUUUACCAAACUCUUCUAAUCGUGACGCUUAUUUAUCUAUGUUAAUUUUAAACGAAUAGGAUCGUUUUUGGUUUUAUUCUGCACUUUUAAUCAGGGCUUAAUUUGUGACGGAACACGCCAGAUCCGGAUCUGACAUCUCUGAAAUCUGAUCUUUACCGAUCCCCCUCCACAACCGCCCUCCUCCCCUGUCUGCUGUUGAGUUUCUCUUUCUUCCGUGACUCCACAACCUUCUUCACUUUCGCCCGCAACCCCCCUCCCCUCUCUUCACUUUCGUCCGCGACACCCCUCCCCCAUUGUCUCCGCUUUCACUUUCAUGUGCAACACCUCUAUAUCCUUGGGUAACAUGUCGGAUCUGUUACCCCAAUCUGUUUCUGGGAACUCGCAAUUCACAAAUUAAGCACUGCUUUUAAUAGACCGCGUAAAAACUCUGCACUGUGGAACUGAUGAGUAAAGGGAAUGUGCAUGAGGAGAAAGAGAUGCAUAAACACACAGCCUGAUGGUUUACACGAACAGUGAAACCUAUUUCUAGUCAUAUUUAAUUUGAGUUCUGGUUUUCUUGAAUAUCGUUGACUUACAAAAACAAAAGUCCUAAUUGCCCACGGUAGUGAAUAAUGGAAUACCUCAGAGCAGAAAUAUUAUGGUCAUUAUUUUUCGUCAGUAUUGCCCAAAGUAUUUUCAUACCAUUGACAAAGGUGCUUGGAUAUUUAACAAUCAUCGUCAAAUGUUUUAACACUCAUGCUUGACUGGUUUCAAGCAUACAUUUGAUAAACGUGUUUAUUGUUAACACUACAUUUGAAAAUGUGGUUAUGUUACUAAACUAUUUUGUUGUGUGUGCAUUUUUAAUUCCAUUCAUUUGUUUAUAAGAAAAAUGACAGUGUUAAACAGGUGCCCAGUCUGACUUGACAAUACUGGGAGCACCAAAAUCACGUUCACUUUGCUCUGUAGUUUUCAGCUCCUAGUUGCUCUAAAUAUGCAUCUAUGAAAUAACUCGAAUUUUCUUUUUAAGAUGUGCAAGUGCCUGGGUUAGGAAAGAAGAACAGAAGGUGUCUUUAUAGUUCGAUGUUUGCAGGACAAGAAUACUAUGAAGGAGAACUGAGAGUAAGGGGAGGUACGCUGUAAGUAUGAAACAGAACUAAUGCAAAACACUUGACUAGUUAAAAUGGAAUUAAGGCCAAGGUGACAUGGGUAACCUGUUUUUUAUUGUGAUAUUUUGUCCGUAGAAUUUCAUUGACGUUUUCUUCUUUUUUUACUUGAUGUAAAUCAAAUAAACGUUUUCAAUAUUAAAA